AUGGGUGCGACUAUUUCCACUUGCUUGGGAGCUCUGCCUCCUGCUGUGGAGCUCUUCCCUCCAUCCCCAACUGUCUACACCUCUGUUAUAUGCUGCUUCCAAUACUUUCCCCUGGUGACGGCAAUUCAAUGGAUUCUGUCCUGGCACCCAGCAGGCAAAACCUCCUCGGAGUCCAUCUUCAACAUCCCAGGACGUAUCGCCUGGUCUGCCAUGGAGAUUGUCGGCCCUAUCAACUUGAUCUAUAGCAUGGUCACUCCAUCGCCAUAUGCACCCUCUUUCACUGAUCUCCCUGUUUCCAACAUCCUCAUCGUAACUCUGUACUGCACACACUAUUUCAACCGCGCUAUCAUCUCCCCUUUCUUCUCCGCGCCUAGUAUGUCCCCAAUCCACGCCAGCAUCAUGGUCUUCGCCAUGGUCUUCAAUUGGUUCAACUCCGCCUGUCUGGCCGGCUGGUUGCGCGGAUAUACAGUGCCGAUUAUCCCAAGCUUCACGGCUAGCAGCGGAAGUCCCCGCUCCGCGGUGGUAGAUCUCCUCCCCACCGCGGGCGUAAUCUUAUUUGCUAUCGGAAUGGCCGGCAACAUCUACUCAGAGACAGCCCUGUUCCGACUUCGGCGCGAAGAGGCCGAAAAGCGCGCUGCCAAAAAGGCAGAUGACCAACCUCGGGCGGGGGGAAACAUGUUCCACAAGGUCUACGUCAUCCCACCCUCUCGUGGUGUCUUCCGAUACAUUUUGUAUCCGCACUACGUGUUCGAGUGGCUCGAAUGGAUUGGCUUUGCUCUGGCUGGUACGGCAGUUGUCCCCUUCUCCGCCCUGCCGGCCUCUGUCUCGGCGACUUCGGCCAUCACUCCCCCGCUGGUUCUAGCGCCGUGGUUGGUGCCUGCUGCGUGGGCGGCUAAUAAGCUCGCUGUGCCGCUGCCUUUGCCGGCUGUGGUGUUUGUUGUCAAUGCGGUCACGAAUAUGUUGCCCCAUGCGCGCUGGGGACGAAAGUGGUAUGUUGAGAAGUUUGGGGAGAACGGUGUUGCUGGGAGGGGCGCUGUAGUCCCUGGGUGUGCGUGGAUGUGA